CGGGCCCCCAGGCCACAGUCUGUUGGCUCUUGUCUGUCGCGUUACGGGAGAAGUGCCGGGGCCACUGCCAGGAGGGACUUUAGGGAUCAUAGGGUGAGCGACAGCUGUACAGCUCUUGGAAGAUCCCAGGGAGGUCCGGAGGAGGGGGGCUGCGUGCACCCGGAUGAGACAUCUCCUGAAGAACUGCCAUGUCUGCGAAUAGUGCGUCUUCCUCAGAACAGAAUAGCAGCAAUGAAAUAAAAACCUCAAUUCUUCGAUUAUCAGAGAAGAAAUGUUCGUGGGCAUCCUACAUGACCAACUCCCCCACUCUCAUCGUUAUGAUUGGCUUGCCAGCCCGGGGCAAAACCUAUGUGUCCAAGAAACUCACACGCUACCUCAACUGGAUUGGGGUGCCCACCAAAGUGUUUAAUCUUGGGGUUUAUCGGCGUGAAGCAGUCAAGUCCUAUAAGUCCUACGACUUCUUCCGGCACGACAACGAAGAGGCCAUGAAGAUCCGCAAACAGUGUGCUGUCGUGGCACUGGAAGAUGUUAAGACGUAUCUCACUGAGGAGAGUGGGCAGAUUGCGGUGUUUGAUGCCACCAAUACAACCAGGGAGAGGAGAGACAUGAUUUUGAAUUUUGCCAAGGAGAAUUCCUUCAAGGUGUUCUUUGUGGAAUCUGUCUGUGAUGAUCCUGAUGUCAUCGCUGCCAACAUCCUGGAAGUGAAGGUGUCAAGCCCUGAUUACCCUGAAAGGAACAGGGAGAAUGUGAUGGAGGACUUCCUGAAGAGAAUUGAGUGCUACAAAGUCACCUAUCGACCCCUUGACCCAGACAACUAUGACAAGGAUCUUUCUUUCAUCAAGGUGAUAAAUGUGGGCCAGCGAUUUUUAGUGAACAGAGUCCAGGACUACAUCCAGAGCAAGAUAGUCUAUUACCUCAUGAACAUCCACGUGCAGCCUCGCACCAUUUACCUUUGCCGCCACGGAGAGAGCGAGUACAAUCUCUUGGGGAAGAUUGGGGGUGACUCUGGCCUCUCAGUGCGGGGAAAACAGUUUGCCCAAGCUCUAAGGAAGUUUCUGGAGGAACAGGAGAUAGCAGAUCUCAAAGUGUGGACGAGCCAGUUGAAGAGGACUAUCCAGACUGCUGAGUCCCUGGGGGUGACCUACGAGCAGUGGAAGAUUCUGAACGAGAUUGACGCUGGUGUAUGUGAGGAGAUGACCUAUGCGGAGAUUGAGAAGGAGUACCCAGAUGAGUUUGCGCUUCGAGAUCAAGAGAAAUAUCUGUAUCGAUAUCCUGGUGGGGAGUCAUACCAGGACCUGGUGCAGCGACUGGAGCCUGUCAUCAUGGAGCUGGAGCGCCAGGGCAACGUCCUUGUCAUCUCCCAUCAGGCGGUCAUGCGCUGUCUCCUGGCCUACUUCUUGGAUAAGGGUGCAGAUGAGCUACCGUACUUGAGGUGCCCGCUUCAUACCAUCUUCAGACUUACCCCUGUGGCCUACGGGUGCAAAGUGGAAACCAUUAAACUCAAUGUGGAAGCUGUGAACACUCACCGUGAGAAGCCAGAUAACAACUUUCCCAAGAGCCAAACCCCUGUAAGGAUGAGAAGGAACAGCUUUACACCUCUGUCCAGUUCGAAUACAAUAAGGCGUCCAAGAAAUUACAGUGUUGGGAGCCGGCCCCUCAAGCCCCUCAGUCCUCUCCGCGCCCUGGACAUGCAAGAAGGGGCCGACCAGCCGAAGAGCCAAGUCAGCAUUCCGGCAGAGACCUCGCAUGCUGUGCCUACCGACUCCUCUCCGACAUCCCUCUCAUCGGUCUCCUGAUAUGCAAGCUAGACCAGACCUCCCUGGGGGACCGGGAUCUGCUGAAAAUCUUGGAUGUCAGCUCCACUGGGUUUGAACAGGAAGUGAAAUGGGGAUUGGAUAUUUGGGACCAUCAAAACGAGGCCUGGAAAAACACCACCAAAUUUCUAUGCCUCAUGCUUAAUGGGAAUAUCAGUUACAUGGGAAAACUUCAUUUCUUUGUGCCUCAAAACAUUUAACAGGCUGAGCCAGUUAGUUUUUUUAUGAUCUCUUUGUUGGGUUUUGCCCAAUUUGGUCAAUCUUUUUCUGUUUUGGUAUUUAACAUCCUACUUGUGACUAGCUCUAUCUGGCUCUUUUUUGCCUAAACUGGUGAGAAGGCUGAACUCAGUAAGCCUUUUCUGUGUUGUAAGAGCUGGUCUCUGCAUGCAUUCCAAGUGAGCAGGAUAGAGUACAAUUUACGUAUGUUAGCAUUCACUGUUUUUUGUCAUAUUGGAAAGAGGCAAAUUCACCAGGUAAAAGGAGGGUAUGUGAGAAAUGCAGUCCCUGAAACAUCUCUGCUGUGGUGUUGGAAGAGGAGUGAUAGCAGCAACCUUUUUGUUGAGAGUUUUUUCUUGUUCUGGGCCCCUCAAGAACAGGGUCUGACUGCAAGUCUCCCCCAAAUGGGUACCCAUCUUCUCAGUUCUCUCUUGUGGCUGCUUUAUGCCUGAUGAUUGGGAAUGAGGGCUGGAGAGAAUGGCAAGGGACCAUUCAUAUCACAUGAAAAAGUAAAGAAGGUUCCUUGGCAAUCAACUCUAUCAGGGAGUUCUUUUGGUUUCAAAGUGGGUGCCAUUCUGUGGGGUUUGUCACCAUGAUAUGGUCGUAUAAGAAAGCAGUGGCUGUGACUUCAAGAGCAGCUGGUCUUCUGAUGCCUGCCUCUUAGCUGGCUGUCUCUAAUUCGGUCUACUUGUCUCAUCUAAAACAUUGGGGGUUCAGGGGAAACCAAGCCCUUAGUGCAUUAGUCACUGGGUUCUCCUUAAUGAUAAGCCAGGUAAUUAGUCUUUACACCAGUGAUUGUCAAAUAUGCAAAUAUGUCUCUAGAUAUGGUAUUAAUAUGUCACUCCUCCUGAAGGAGAAUGGAAGCUCCAAAGGAGAUUCUAUCUUACAAGCAAAAUCAUUUUUUUUUUUUAAAGAAUGGUAAGUUUUUAGCUUUUUCGUGUUUUUUCCUUUUCACUCAGAUGCCCACUUGCUGGGCCGGGGGUGAGUAGCAAGAAAAGUAAUGAGAUGUAGCUUUUUUCAAAUGGUUCUUUCAUAUUGUGGUUGAUACAGGGCUGUUACUGAAGAUGUGAUCAGCUGGGCUGCAGGCAGUUCAGCAUCCAGCAACUAGGAGCUUAUUUUAUAUGCACAAAGUUGCCUUCAGAAAGGCCCCUGACCGCGCUUUGUAACAGGUCAUUUUCAUCUGGCUGCUCGUAACAUGCUGUACUGUACUGGUUUUAUUCUUGUGAUGCAGGUUUCUUUCUGCAUCUAUAUACACUGUCUUUUGAUGAUCAGAUAAUUUUUUAAUUUAGUUAUUUAUUCAUCCACAUGAAGUAUUCUUAAGUCCCCAUAUUAAUGUUUGCAUGUAUUUAAUCAGAAUGUACGGUAAUUUGUAUUGUCAGUUUUUGGUAGAAAUUGAGGUAGUUUGAGCAUUGAAGUCUAAUGUCCAUAGGUUACCUUAAAUUAAAAUUUCAGAAUAUAGAUAUCUGUCUUCUAUAAAAGGAUAAUAACUAUAUUAAGGCACAGUGGAUUUCUUUGAAUACUUUUUUGCUCAUUGAUUUUUAUUUAUAAAUAAAGAGAUGCAUUUCUCUGCAGAAAAGUGUAACUCCCAGAUAAAUAAAAUCAUGCUAAAAUAUGUAAUAUGUA